GAGCGGAUUGUCCACCAUCUCAGUCACCGCGCGUCCUCUAGCCGGGCUCGCGCGUUUAGCACUGUGGAAAGGAAUCAUGGCUCUAAACAGGUCGCCUUCUGGAACCGAAACAUGGAACGGCGCUCCAGAGCGCCUACGCAACAAACUGCAGAGUGUGGCGCGAGACCUCUCCCAGUUCAGCCUUGAUACCGCCAACGGCAUGCACGAGUCCAGCGCAGGUGAAGAACAACUGGCCUCGGAGCAGGCUCCUGGCUCUCCAGGUAGUCGCAAGGGUGUAUUUUUCUCAGACGGCGUGCGGCGUGUUGACUACGUGCUGGUCUACCACUGCAAGAAACGCAUGUCCCAGAACCGGCUGUCCAUCAUCUCCAACGGCUCCAUCCCUCAGCCAGCGGCCAAUCAGAGGAGGCGCAGCAUCGAGCCAGAGCUUGGGGAGGCGGGGCUAGAGGUGGAGUUUAGCAAAGAGCCCAACGAGUCGGAGAAAGCCCUGAUACGGCAGGAGUUUGAGGCAGGGCUUCAAGGGGCGGGUCUACAGAUUGAGCGUGACAAAGAGCCGAGGACGGUGCGCUUCACGCGGGUCCAUGUGCCCUGGGCAGUCCUCAGCAGGGAGGCCGAGCGGCUCAAGAUCAGAGUUCCAACCAAGAAGACGUACAAGCUGAGGGAGAAGACGGGGCUAUCGGGGAUGAUGGACACUAUGUGGGAGAGGCUGAGGGAGCCCUUUCAGCCCGGGGUCACCAACACGGAGGAGGCCAACAACAGAGUAGUGAAGAUGCCCUUCAAUAGAGACAAAUUACACCUGUUUGACAUCACAAGCAAAGAUGACCUGUUUGAUAGUGCAACACGGGGCAGAAUAGUAUGUGAGAUUUUACGACGCACAGCCUGUACACGCACCUGUCAAACCAUGGGCAUCAACACCUUACUUGCCAGAGAAGUGUAUGACUCUGCUUUCCCGUUACAUGACGGUGACUUUGACACUCCAGAUAAAAAGGAUGAGCGAAAUGACAGACAGAUGCUGCAUGAAGAGUGGGCCAAUUAUGGAGUGUGUUUCAAAUAUCAACCAGUCGACCUUAUCAGGCGGUAUUUUGGAGAACAGAUCGGCCUCUACUUUGCCUGGUUAGGAGUGUACACACAGCUUCUUAUACCUCCGUCAGUACUUGGAGUUAUAGUGUUCAUCUACGGAUUCCUCACUGUCGAUGCCAAUGUGCCCAGCCAAGAGAUGUGUAACGCGGGUCUGAACUUCACCAUGUGUCCGAUGUGUGACCGUGUGUGUGACUAUUGGCCUCUCAACAUCGAGUGCAGUGCGGCCAGGGCCAGCUACCUGUUCGACAACACUGCCACCGUAGUCUUCGCCAUCUUCAUGUCUUUAUGGGCUGCUGUGUUUCUGGAGCACUGGAAAAGGAAACAGCGGUGUUUACAGCACCAGUGGGAUUUGACAGAGAUAGACGAUGAAGAGGAGUUCAUACAGGAGGACCUACGUCCCGAGUAUGAAGAUACUCUGAUGGAUAAGAUACAGAAGAAGAACAAAAAGAAAAAAAAAGAGCCGGAUCCAGUAACAGAUGAAGGGGGCAAACUGCUGACAUCUAAACCAGGAGAGAAUCCGAUGUUUCUGGAAUCUUUGACCUGGAGAGAUCGGUGGACAGGAUACUGCAUGAAUGUUUCCUCUAUUCUGCUCAUGAUUGGGGUGACGUUUUCCGCCGUGACGGGAGUGAUCUUGUACCGGGUGUGUGUGUUUGCCGUGAUGUCCAUGAAUCCUGACCCAGAAGCCAAGGCCAAUGUCCGUGUCACCGUGACGACCACAGCCGUGGUCAUUAACCUCCUCAUAGUUCUCGUACUGGAUGAGAUCUAUGGAGCCAUCGCAACCUGGAUCACUGAGCUGGAGAUUCCAAAGACUGAGGCGGCGUUUGAGGAGCACCUCAUCCUGAAGGCUUUCCUGCUCAAGAGUAUGAACGCCUUCGCCCCUGUCUUUUAUGUGGCCUUCUUCAAGGGCAGGUUUGCUGGUCGACCAGGAGAUUAUGUUUACGUAUUCAAAGACUUCCGUAUGGAGGAGUGUGCUCCUAGCGGCUGCCUGAUUGAGGUCUGCAUUCAGCUGGGCAUCAUCAUGUUGGGCAAGCAGCUCAUUCAAAACAACGUGUUUGAAAUCGCCAUACCGAAGCUGAAGAAGAUGUACCGUGAGUACGAGGAGAAGAAGGCGGGGGAGCUGCUGGAGGAGGGGGAGGACCCCAACCGGGAGCCCCAGCCCUGGGAGAAUGACUACAGCCUGGAGCCCUAUGAGGGCCUCAGCCCCGAGUACAUGGAGAUGAUAAUCCAGUAUGGGUUCGUGACGCUGUUUGUGGCCUCAUUCCCGUUGGCCCCGGUGUUUGCCCUGCUCAACAACGUCAUUGAGAUCCGACUGGACGCUGCCAAGUUCAUCACGGAAGUCCGCAGGCCGGACGCUGUCAGAGCCAAGGAGAUUGGAAUAUGGCACAACAUUCUGAGUGGCAUCAGCAAGUUUGCUGUCAUCACAAAUGCCUUUGUGAUAUCUUUCACCUCGGAGUUCAUCCCAAGGAUGGUUUAUCAGUAUAUAUACAGUGAGACCGGCACCAUGCAUGGCUACACAGACUACACACUGGCCUACUUCAACACCAGUAACUUCAAGCCAGGCACUGCUCCCAAUGCCACACAGUACGACAAAGAUCUCAAGAUCUGCAGGUACAAAGAUUACAGAGAUCCUCCGUGGUCCCAUGAGUCCUACCAGCUCUCUAAGCAGUACUGGUCAGUGCUGGCCGCCAGGCUGGCAUUCGUCAUCUUUUUUCAGAACUUGGCCAUGUUCCUGAGCAUGCUGGUGGCCUGGCUCAUCUCAUUCGCACAAGGCCAAGCCAAGGACCAGAUCAAGCGUGAGCGCGCCGCCCUCAUGGAGCUCCUGCUCUCCCAGGAGCCCAGUCAGAGCUCCAGCCGCCGCACGGCACGCUCCCACGACGCACCGGUCAUCAUCCAGGGCCCCGAGGAGGACCCACCAGGAGGAGGAGGGGGCAGCAGGAGGGACUCCCCGAGUCCCGAGGAGCCCAGCGCACACCCAGACACCGUAUCCAUGGAGACGGACCUGAGGGAGGAGGGAGAGGCCCAGGGUGGAGGUCUUGAUCCUGAUCCUGAUCCUGAUCCUGAUCCUGAUCCGAGCCUACUGCAGAUCCAGACCCAGAUCCUGAUGCUAAACCUGAUCCCAGUCUAAACUCUGAUCGUGA